AUGGCAGAAACAGGAAAACCUGCGUUCCAAGUCAUUGUCUUGGGUCCCAAUGGCGGUCCCCGAGAAGACAGCGUCACUGGUCUUCUUGUGCGAUCAACAUCCAUGAAUUGGUGUCCCGGCUCAGUCGUUGCCGUAGAUGCGGGAACGCUGCUUGCGGGGAUUAUUCGCGUACUGAAGCAGUUCCUACCUGAUUCCAAAAAUGAAGAGGGAAUCAUGACCGCCGGGCCCUUCCAAGGUCUUCAACUACCCGCCCAAAGUGCUGAAGCCAAUGCUGCACAUAUCUUCCGAGAGAUCAUCGGCGCCGUCUUGAUAACACAUCCUCACCUGGAUCAUAUCUCGGGAUUGGCGAUCAACACACCGAUCUUGGAAGCGGGAAAUGGACCUAAACCUGUGGCGGCUCUUCCGUCAGUACUAUCCGCAAUCAAAAAUCACAUGUUUAACGACAUUAUCUGGCCGAACUUGUCCGAUGAGGAUGGUGGUGCUGGUCUGCUCACGUACCAACGCUUGGUUGAGGGCGGAAACACGAGGUUCGGUAGUGGAGAGAGUAGGGGUUACGUUCGCGCCUGUAAUGGCCUCUUGACCAAGUGUCUAGCUGUCAGUCACGGUCGUUGCAAACAGCGAUAUCAUCCCGAGUCCGCUGCGCAUCACAGAAUUGGCAGUACCGUAUUUCCAUCAGAGCAGUUGAUGCUGCCCUCUCGAGCGGUUUCCAUGGAUCAUACCGAUGGGAGUUUUUACUCCCCGGCUCGCUCGCCACGUCUCCUCCCAGCCAAUGCCAAAGAGCCCAUGAUGGCUACAGUCGAAAGCUCCGCAUUCUUCCUCCGCGACCACCGCACUGGAAAAGAGAUCAUCAUAUUUGGAGAUCUCGAGCCAGACACGAUCUCUCUCGAACCCCGAAACAAACGCGUCUGGGAGGCCGCUGCCCCCAACGUCCACGCAGGCACACUGCGGGCCAUUUUUAUUGAAUGCUCCUUCACUGAUAACAUCGACGAUGCCUAUCUCUACGGCCACCUGUGCCCUCGACACAUGGUCGCCGAGCUGAGUGUACUCGCCGCAAAGGUCAUGGCCCUUCGCGACCCUGCAUCAUUGCCAGAUAAGAAGCGCAAACGACAAAAUACCAGCUUUGGCGAUGGUACAGGAAGCCCAGUCAGUCCACGGACGAAACGGGGCUCCAACCCCUCGAUCGAGAAGGAGCAGAAAGUGGAACCUCGCUCGGGUGAUUAUUACGGUGUAGAUCUGACCGAAAGCUUUGGCGAUGGCACCGACAGUAAGGAUGUCGAAGUGCCUAAUAUCGCAAGCUGGGCAGAUGCUGAUCCCUUGCCGCUGACUGGGCUAUCUGUUUACAUUAUUCAUAUCAAGGAGAAUUUGACUGAUGGACCUCCUCCUCAAGAACAAAUUCUUCGGGAACUUCGGGAACAUGCCAAGGAGGCGCAUUUGGGGUGUGAAUUCUUCCUUCCGGACCCGAUGGAGGGAAUUUGGGUUUGA